ACCACAUUAAUUGUCGCAACAAUGGCAGACCCUUCUGGGAAUAACGACUUACACUGCGGAUAUGCUUCCUUUCUGGAUCCCAACGACAUCCAAUUCGAUGACCUAUUCUCGGGCGCCUCAGCGCCUCCUGGUACCGUAGAUCCAAACCAGACACAAUCAGGCGCUUCCUCACCCUUCUCAUCGACUCUGGAUGACAUUGACUUCACCCUCCCUAUCCCCAGUGUCGAACGUUUCGGCACCGAAACAGAAGACUCGAAAUCACCUCUCCCGUCCACCUUUACGGAUUCAGAUCCUAUCAUCACGGUGACCGCUUCGGAGCAUAUUCGACUACAUGAACAGCGAGCCUUCCUGGCGAGCGCAGCCCCCCACGCCCAACAUGCAAAACGACCGCCUUCAGGAUCGACUUCUUACGUUUCCGAGCGCCCAUUCACAGCUUCGCCCCACGCAUCCUCCUUUAUUGAGCCUCCCGUCCCCUUUCCGCGUCCAGCCCCGGUGCCAUCACACUCGGGCGUCAUGACAGUACCGCCUACUCCACAACCGUAUUCCCAGUCGAUAGGGAGCCCCGCGAUGCAGCAUGAGCGCGCAAUCAGCCUUCCACUAGGAGACGACAUGCAUGCACACUUCGACAUGAGCAACAUCCCGUCACUACCUCCGGGCAUCUCUCACCAGACGCCCAUCUUCAGUCGCGAUGGUGAAUACAUCGGGGAUGCCGCGACGCAUCUAAGACAUCGGAGGAGACGGCCCGGAGCGAAGAGGUCGGGAGGAAGCACCCUCACUUCGGCGCCACGAGGCCCAUCGACGCAUCAAAACCCGAUAAAACAUGGCCCACAGCCGCCGAUUGACUACAAUCCAGAGCUUAGGAGACACCAAAAGGGGUACGGACGAUGGCACCCAUACGAAUCAACAAGCUCAGGGCGCCUAGAUCUCGACUCCAGUCGUGACAGUACCCCGGCUCUUCACAGAGAUGCAAAUAUGGACGAAAUCUUUGAUUUUCUAUCAGCGGGCAACCCUACGGAGGCCUCGAGUGUUACAUCGGCGGGCGCCAUAGGGUCCGCAAAGGGUUCGAGCUCGAAAGCGCAGCGGGACGAUGGCCAGCCCAAAGGCAAGAAGUCAGGGACCCAUGUUCUGAAGGUGGACGCGAUGGAGAGCCGGUAUAUCAUUCGCAGUUUGGCUCGGCUGUUAGAGGAAGGGGCAGAUUCGAUAGAUAGAUUAAGGUCAAUAGACGGGGAAUUGGAGACAACAGCAGCAGUUUUAAUACUAUUUGACGUGGAGAAGGGAAUGAUUGAGAAAGUCAUGGCGAACAACGACGGGUGCUCUGAUACCAAGGAAGAUAUCAAUGAAGGCGAAGCAUGAGAGCACAGGAAUCGGGAAAUAUUUUAAUAUAGACACAUAGAAUAUGAUC